AAUUUACACCAGCGGAAGCUGAAUGUAUGGAAAGUGAAGCUGAAUUUUUGCGAAGGGAAGCUGAAUUUUUGCGAAGGGAAGCUGAAUUUAUGCGAAAGCAAGCUGAAUUUUUGCUAAAGGAAGCUGAAUUGAUGACACCAGGGGAAGCUAAAUGUAUGGAAAUGGAUGUUGAAUCUAUGCGAUUUUAUGCUAAUAUGAUGCAAAAUGACGCUGAAUUUAUGCGAAGGCUGCAACUUGGGAAUUUCGGCGAAUGAAAGCUGAAUAUAUGCAAAAGAAAGGUGAAUUUCGGUGAAAGAGAGGUGAAUUUUUGCGAAGGGAAGCUGAAUGUAUGCAAAAGGAAGCUGAAUGUGUGCAAAAGGAAGCUGAAUGUAUGCAAAAGGAAGCUGAACUGACACCAGGGGAAGCUAAAUAUAUUGAAAUGGAAGUUGAAUUUAUGCGAUUGGGAGAUGAUACGGUGCGAGGUGAAGCUGAAUUUAUGCGAAGGGAAGCUGAAUUUGAGACUUUUCUGAAAGCCCAAAACCUGGGUAAGAAAAUGAAAAAGGAUGAAGAAGAGGACGACGGGCCAGACGACGAAGGGCCGGAGGGAUAAAAUCCCAUACCAUCUUUCUAUUCAACCCGCGAAACCUCAACGGUCGGAUCUCUCCCAAAACCCAUUUUUCUGCUUCGUCUCUUCCUUUACACGCUCUGAAACUGUCAUGCCCUCUCUCUCUCACUGCAAGAAAAAUGAUUCAGAGCCAAAGAAGCAAUAUUGAACAUCUGAAAUCUUCGCAUGGAUUGUUGGUAUAACGUAAAUAGUGAAGGGUAAUAAUGGGUGUGGGAGGCAAAUUUUGGGAACUUCUAAAACCCUACGGGCGCCAUGAAGGGUUUGAUUACCUGAGGGACAAGCGGGUUGCUGUGGAUCUCUCAUUCUGGAUAGUACAGCACGAGACCACCAUCAAGGCCUAUUGCCACAAUCCCCAUCUCAUGCUUACAUUCUUCCGUACCAUCAACCUCUUCUCCAAGGCAUUCCACUUGCCUUUUUUAGCUUCCUUUAUUUUUAGGAACAAGAUGGAAUUUCUUUUGGGUGCUUUACUGGGUUCUGGUUGUUAGGAGAAUGAAUGCAAGGAUUUAUAGAAUAAACUUGUUUAAUUAAGCGAAUAUGGUGUU